AGCCAGGGCGCACGUGGAGCCGCCAACACAUUUUUUAACCAUUAUUUUAUUGAGUUUAAGACAAUUUUAAAAUGGGACGCAAGGCAGAUUAUAGUGAAAAAGAGAAGAAAGGCCCUGGGCGCAAAACCCGAAAGCAGGGACCGCCCACAUUUCCAAAGAAGUCUUUUGCACCAAUGGAUGAUGAGGACAAGCGUUUGUCCCAUCGACAGAAACAACGUGUGGCUAAGCGGGAGCAAAAGAAGGUUGUGCAAAAAGCAAAGCUAAAGGAAAAGCGCGAAAAGCAGCCGGUGCAAAAGAAACAGCAAAAGUAUAAUAGCGAAAGCGAGCCGGAAGAUGAGGAAAUGAGCGAGCAGGAAGAGCAGGUAUCAACAGAUGAAGAAGUGCCGCAGCUAGUGCCAAUUAAGAAACAGUUAAAGGCAAAUGGUGUGAAAAACAAGAAGGAGAUUGUUGCAGCUGAAAGUGAAAGCGAUGAGGAGGAUAUAGAGGAAAUGGAGGAAGAAGCUACAGACAAUGAGGACGAGGAGGAGGAGGAUGACGAAGAUGAGGCGCAGGUGGGCAAACUGACGGAUCUGUUUGAGGGUAAUAGCGACGAUGAAUUUGACGUAUCGGGCGAGGAAGAAGCUGAUGAGGAAGAUGACGAUGAGUCUGACGAUGACGAAAAUAUGCCCAUUGAGCGCGCAAGCAAAAAGUUAAAGAGUCGCCAGGCCAAGGAUGCUGAACUGGCCGAAGAGGAGCUGCAAAUGACUGUGGAUCAGGCAGACAUUUUCCGCUUUCCUGUCGAAGGUGAAGAGCCUGAAAAAGAGCUAACACUACAGGAUGUCCAGCAGCGCAUCAAGGAUGUAAUGCAAGUGUUAUCCGAUUUUAACAAACAUCGCGAGGAGGGACGCUCACGUGCUGAAUACACAGAGCUACUGCGUCAUGACUUAUGCUUGUACUACAGCUAUAAUGAGUUUUUAAUGGAAAAGCUAAUGGAUAUAUUCAAAUUGAGCGAUCUAAUGGACUAUCUGGAGGCUUCAGAAGUAGCACGUCCACUUACCAUACGCACAAAUUCGCUGAAGACACGUCGUCGUGACUUGGCUGGUGCACUCAUCAAUCGUGGCGUUAAUCUGGAUCCGCUGGGCAAGUGGACAAAUGUGGGUCUGGUGGUAUUCAACUCUACAGUGCCUUUGGGAGCGACUCCAGAGUAUCUGGCUGGUCAUUAUAUGAUACAGGGUGCCUCAUCCAUGUUGCCUGUGGUUGCGCUGGCGCCGCAGGAGAACGAGCGUAUAUUGGACAUGUGCUCAGCGCCGGGCGGCAAGGGCUCGCACAUAGCCGCAGUUAUGAAGAACACAGGCACACUGUUUGCCAAUGAUGCUAAUCGUGAUCGCAUCAAGGCAGUCGUAGCGAACUUCCAUCGUCUGGGCAUUGUAAAUGCCGUCAUAAGUUGUGAGGAUGCCACCAAGUUCCGCAAUAUAAUGACGGGCUUCGAUCGCGUGCUGCUGGAUGCACCUUGCACGGGCACAGGCGUGGUCUCUAAGGAUCCUAGUGUGAAGACUACCAAGUCGGAAAUCGAUGUGCAGCGUUGUUAUAAUCUACAGCGCAAACUUUUACUCACAGCCAUUGAUUGUGUAGAUGCCAAGUCAAAGACGGGUGGUUAUAUUGUCUACUCCACAUGCUCCAUACUGCCAGAGGAGAACGAAUGGGUCAUAGAUUAUGCGCUCAAGAAGCGUAAUGUUAAGCUGGUGCCGCUGGGCAUAGACUUUGGUGAGCCUGGCUUUACCAAGUUCCGUCAGCAUCGCUAUCAUCCCAGCAUGAAUCUAAGCAAACGCUUCUAUCCACAUACAAGCAACAUGGAUGGCUUCUAUGUGGCCAAGCUGAAAAAGUUCUCCAACACCAUACCCAUAACCAAGGAGCAGCAGGAAGCGGACGAGAAGCAGCUGGAUGAGGCCAUAGCAGCUGAAGCAACUGCCACAGAGGAAGAGGCGCCAACAGCUGGCGAUGAAACUGAGGAAACAAAGGAACGCAAGCUAUUGGGCAAGCGUGCAGGCAAACCCAACCUGACCGAUGUGGAGCAGGAUCUGAAAAAGAAGAAGCUGGAGCAAAGCAAAACGAAAUAUGUAGCCAGGGUAUUUGAGAAGCCCGUGAAAGUGCCCAAGAAGCCCAAGCCUGAGCAGCCCGCAGCUACAGAGCAGAAACAGCAAGAGAGUGGGCAAAAGAAAAUGCAGAACGAUAAAAAGCCAGAGAAUACACAAAACUAUAAGAAACAAGGGAUUGUACAAAAGAGAACGCCGAAACCGCAGAACGAUAAAAAGCAAGAGAAUGGACAACAGAAGAGCAAGGAAGCUCCACAAAAGCCAGCGGCCAAGACGCAAGAGAAUGGCAAGCAAAAUACACAGAAGAAAGCAAAAGUAGACGUCGCGCCAAGCAAACCGAAGGCUAAUGCCAAAUUGGCCAAGGCAAAGCGCGUAGACGUGGAUGAAGUACCUCUGCUAGAAGGUAAACCCAUCAAAAAUAAAAGUAAAUUCAACCAAAAGUCCAAGCAAGUUGGACAGUUGAGCAAGUCGAAAAAACCAGAGGGUAAGAAACAAAAAUUUAAGAAAUAAGCUAAAAUAGAAUAUUGGAAUUUUGUUUAUAGCUGAUGUA